AUGGCACCUACAGAGCAAGAUCAAAGGCGCAAGCCGAGCAGCCUGCGGUCCAUUAUUGCCGGCUCUACUGCAGGAGCUGUGGAGAUUGCAAUAACUUACCCUGCAGAAUUUGCAAAGACACGAAGCCAGCUUAAUCGCAGAUUACCAGAUUCAAAGAAGCUCCCCUGGCCCCCGUUCGGAAGACAAUGGUAUGCUGGAUGUACUACAUUGAUUGUGGGAAAUGCUCUUAAGGCGGGAAUACGAUUUGUCGCAUUCGACACGUUCAAAUCAUUGCUACAAGACGAGAAUGGCAAAAUAUCUGGACCAAGAACAGUUAUUGCUGGGUUUGGUGCCGGCUUCACCGAGUCACUUUUGGCAGUGACUCCUUUCGAGAGUAUUAAGACCCAGCUGAUUGAUGAUCGCAAGUCUGGCAAGCCUCGAAUGCGUGGCUUUCUACAUGGCAGUAAAAUAAUCGCUCAGGAAAGAGGUAUCCGAGGAUUUUUUCAAGGUCUGGUGCCAACAACAGCAAGACAAGCUGCAAACUCUGCCACCAGAUUCUCUAGCUACACUACAUUAAAACAAUUUGCCCAAGGCUAUGUCGCACCAGGCGAGAAGUUGGGAACAUUGAGCACAUUUGCUAUCGGAGGUCUUGCUGGCCUAAUCACAGUCUAUGUAACGCAGCCACUCGAUACAGUGAAGACUAGGUGGGUUCAAGCUUCUUCCUCAUGUUCCUUGGUUUUUAACUGA